GUGCAACAACGGCCGCUGUAUCCCAACAUCGUGGCGCUGCGAUGGUGAGGACGACUGCCACGACGGAGAAGACGAGAAGGAAAACUGCAAACAACCGGACGUGGCCAAGUGUGAGGCUUCGUACUUCCGUUGCAACAACUCCAAAUGUAUUCCUGGACGGUGGCGGUGCGACUACGAGAACGAUUGCGGCGAUAACUCUGACGAAACAAACUGCAUGAUGCGCAACUGUUCAGAAUCGGAGUUCCGCUGCCGAGAUGGGCACUGCAUCAGAGGUAUCCGGCGAUGCGAUGGGGAGUACAACUGCGCCGAUCAUAGUGACGAGGAGGAUUGCGAUGUGAGCUGCAAACCGGACGAGUUCAAGUGCACGAACCAUAACGUGUGUGUAAGCAUGAGCUUCAUGUGCGAUGGCGAUAACGACUGCAUCGAUGGUUCGGACGAAGAGAAUUGCGAGUGUCACGAGGACGAGUACCGUUGCGACAAUGGAAAAUGCAUCCUCAAGAACUGGGUUUGCGAUGGAAUCGAUGACUGUUUCGACCGCUCGGAUGAGAAGUUCGAGUACUGCCAGCAAAACGGAUGCAACAAACGUGCCUUCAAAUGUAGCAAUAGUAACUGCAUCCGCAAGGGACUGGCGUGUGACAACAAGGACGAUUGCGGAGAUAACAGCGACGAGAAGACAAGCCUGUGUCAGAAAUGUCCGAGCGGGACGUUCCGCUGUAGCAGCGAUUCCAAGUGCAUUCCCAGUAAUUUGCGAUGCGAUGGUCAAUCGAAUUGCAUUGACGAAUCCGAUGAACUCGGUUGUGUGAGGAUGGAUUGUGGAUUUGGAUCUUGUAGUCAGAUGUGCUUGGUUAAGAAGGGGUAUUACAAUUGUCAGUGUGCCGCAGGCUAUCGCAAAGGACCGCUGCGCAACGAUACUUGCGUUGCAACCGAAGAGGAAGGCUUGCUUCUGGUUUCGUCCGAAUCGGACUUCAGAAGUAUCUACCAAGGCACAACGGUGAUGGGAUUCCUGCAGACGAACUCUAAGAAGAUUGAUCGUUUUGACUACUCCAUAACCAAGCAUAACAUAACGCUGUUCUGGGUGGACAGUCUGGACAAAAGUCUGCAGAAGGUGUACAUGGACACUUCGGUCAAAGUUGAAGAAGCGGUAGAGGGUCCACACAGCGCUUACCCUAGAGCAUUGCCAUCACACGAUCGUAUAAAGACGCUUGAUGGAAAACACUCGACCGUAAUACUGAAAGAUCAGAAGGUCAUACCGCUGGCGAUCGCAUGCGAUUGGUUGACAGAGCACAUCUACGUCAUUAAUAAGAAGCUAAGUAACAUAUUUGUGAUAACGUUCAACGGCACCAACCAGACGACGCUGACGGCGACAGGCAAACAUCCGAUCGACAUUGUCGUCGAUCCAGUCAAUCGGGUGAUGGUUUGGUCGGUCAUGGAAGCGAUCAUUCUGUCUGGAAUGGAUGGCUACAAAAAGCAAAAACUAGUUCAGGCCAAUAUCGAGUGGGCGUCCGGACUGGCCAUCGAUCAAACCACCAACCGUCUCUAUUGGGCGGACUAUCGCAAGAGUACGAUCGAGACGUGUCUGCUAAUGACCGGGGGCGAUCGUCACGUCAUACGUGAGCUGUACGACUACACAAAGCCAAAGCUAUUGGAUUUGUUUGAGGAUAGCAUCUAUGUGAUAUUGUACAAUCAAAGUAUUCUCAAGUUGAACAAGUUCGGGCGGGACAACGGUACGGAGGUGUUCCAAGGCACGCGAGGAUACAGAUCAUCUGAUCUGCAUUACAUACAUCCGUUGAAGCAUAACCGUAAAGUUUCCAACCCUUGCACCAUGUACCCCUGUCACGAAUCGGCCGUCUGUCUCCUAUCGAUCGAAGAACCUUUGGGUCGGCAUUGCCUCUGCCCAGACAACCAUAAGAUCGUCAAUCAAACGUCCCCGGUAGUACAGUGCGCCAAGGAAUCACCCAUGGAGUGUAAGCUUCCGUGCAUCUUUGGCAAGUGCGUCAUCGAAAACGGCCAGCAACGGUGCCAGUGUUCUGGUCUGUUUGACGGCAAGUAUUGCGAGCACUACACCUGUUCCCAGUACUGCAAAAACCGAGGCGAAUGCUACAUCUUGAAUGACGUGCGCAAGUGUUUCUGUUUGCCACAGUGGACCGGAGAUCGGUGCGACAUCUCUACGGAAGCGUGCUUGCAGCACUGCCACAAUGGAGGAAAUUGUUCCAUCUCGAACAAUGGCAGUCUGUCGUGCAGUUGUCCGGAGGACUACAGCGGAGCGCAGUGCGAACAUUGUUCUAACUUUAAGUGUGAGAAUGGUGGAAUUUGUAGGAAAACUGCCACUGAUAGAGAUCAAUGCGAGUGUCCGGAUGGAUUCAGUGGUCGUAGUUGCGAGGUCAAUAAUUGCGCUAAUUAUUGCCACAACGGAGGUGGAUGCGUUAUCGAAAAAGGAUACCCCAAGUGCAGCUGUCCGGACGGCUCGUACGGAGAUCGUUGCGAGAAUCAGAACUGUAAGGAACUAUGCCGCAAUGGUGGAUUCUGCAUGACUGGUCCAAAGCCGUUCUGCAGCUGUCGGAAGGGUUACGAGGGACAGUUUUGUGAGAUCGAUCUCUGUGACAGCAGCGACAAUCGACCUGAAUAUUGUCCGCCGAUGCGUCCAACGCCGAGUCCGCUACCGACUCCGUGUGAGCAUUACAUCUGUAGCAACACCGGUCACUGUUUGGAGGUGCGCGGUGAACCGAUCUGCAACUGUACCAAUCAGUAUGGUGGCAAGCACUGCGAAAUGUACGUCGGUUACAACAAUCCGUGCAUAAACUACUGCAAGAACAGUGGUAUUUGCCAGUUGGAUGUGUACUCGGCGUGGAACGUGACGUACGUUCCCUCGUGCGUGUGUGUCGGAGAAUGGAGCGGAACACAAUGUGAGCGGCCACCGAACUGCAUCGACGAUUGCGGUACCUGUGUGGCCGGCAGCUCCAUCAACGAGUGCAUGUGCGAGGAUGGUUCGCUCAGCAUUUGUCUGAAGGAAAUUGCUGUUGCCGAAUUGGAGGGUCGAGAACGAGCCGGUUACACGCUGUCAAUUUUAGCGAUCGUGCUAUUUGUGAUACUGAUAGCGGUGGCCGGAUUUGGAGGAGCGCUCUACGGGCUGAAGAAACGUAGAGGCGGGCUUCCAUUUUCACACGCCCGGCUUACGGAGAACGUGGAGAUUACCAAUCCCAUGUAUCUGGGCGAUGUGGAAGAAGUGCCCUCAUUUGUACACGAGGACGAUAAGGCCCACUUUGCCAACCCGGUGUACGACUCGAUGUAUGCCGGCGGAGUGAACGUGCACGCUGACUCGUCCUCGAUACCGGGUAACAGCGCCCAUCCGCUGUUGAACGUGUCCGGUUCGGCCCCGGAGGAGAAGAAGGGCCUCCUCCAGCACACACUGGACGACUCGAACGCGCAGGACUUGUUAUGAUAUCGGUUGAAGAAAUAGUAGCAAAUGCGAUUCUAGAGGCUGAUCGCGAUGGGAAGAGCAACGGUCCGGUCCCUCUAGAAUAAGGUUCGUCAUUUGCCAGCUUUGUUUACUUUGUUCUCUGAUGAUGUAGGAAUAGUUAGAUGUAUGUUAUUUCUCUAUCAUAAUGUUAGAAAUAUGCGUUUAUUUCGUUACGCUUUGAUGAAGAAACAUAAAGAUAGUCAUUUUCUAAUUGUUAGACCCUGUUCUAGGUCAAAGAAAAAUGUUUCACAGGGAAUCUGUACAUAGUAUGUAAAAGUAAAUCUACAUCAGAACUCAUUUAACUUUAGUAGUAAGAUUGUAAAGUUUCAAAGAUCUCGAAAAACACUUUUAGUGAAUACGAGAUCGUGACUAUUUUUAUAUUUGCCUUUUAUCUGUUUACGAUAUUGAUUCAGUGAACGUAAAGAUAGACGAUGUAAAUUAGUAUCCAAUUGAAUCUAUGAUAGCUUCUAUUUCUGUUAGUUAGUCAAAGAUCAAACGUGGUGCCGUGGAGGUAGUAGGACAGAUCAUAAAGAUCACCCCAAUGAGCUUUAAACAACUUUAUGUUAAGUAAUCCAUAAUAAUCAUUCAUUGUACAUUCACAAUAUAGUAUCCAAUAAUAGUUAAUACUCCAGAAUUCUUCAUGAUCACCUUUUACUCGAAACCACGACGACGAAACGCCAUCAUUAAAAAGCGUUCAUUAUUAUAUUUCUCUUGAAUGACAAAGCAACAAUAAAAAUAAACACUAACCAUGAUGCGAAAUUUGUCCAUCCACUUUUUGAUAAUAAGAAAACCUUAGCAAAUAACAAUUGUUAAUAAAAAGAACAGAUCCAUGCUUGUUUGUAAACGAGAAAACUAAACGAAAACUCUAGAAAUUGAUUGUGAUUUUUAUAAAACAAACGUAAGUAAACGAAUCCUAUCGUUAAAUAAAUUAUUACUAGUUCAGAAAGAUUCUGUGAAACGAACAGUUAAAACAAAUAUUAGUUAGUAAAACAUAUUGUAAGGGAAGCAAAUCCUGUAAAGAAAUAGUUUAAUUCAGAACGAUAGCCAUUUCUAUCUUUUAAAUCGCGAACGAAACAAUAGAAUGCCAUAAAAGAAGAUGAUAUCGCAAACAAACUGCUCUAAUGCCAUAACGAAAUAUCAGUAAGCACAGUUUGCCAACACGGAAUAGCCAAACUCAUUGAAUAUCAGCAAACUAAACAGAUAAGCGCCGAUACAAUUGAGACUAGUUGUAAAAAUAUCGUUUUUGUACUCAACGCGCGAUUGAAGUAGAGUCAACUGUUGGCAGAAAUCGAACACCCAGACGACGUAGGACGAGAUUUUGUCACGAACAAAUUUAGGAAAAUCGUUUUAAAUAAAGACUGUAAUUUUGCAAA